GCAAACCGUGUUGCUAUCGAGGAUCAUGUAAAUAUUUUGAAGCGUUUCCUAUCUUCCAGUUUCAUUUUAAUCUAUAAAACUGUGAGGCAUUACAGGAAAAGGGAAUAGAAAACUUGACAGCUACUGUGGUGUUUAACAUUGAUUGCCAAACAUGGAUGAAGAUGAUCUAGAUUUCAUGCCACACUCACAAGUACAGAAUCAAACACGUGAGGCGAGGCAGGGUAGAAGAGCAGGGGACCGGCCUGGGACCGGAGCAGCAGCAGCAGGAGCUGUAAACGGUGCUCUCAUGAAUGGUGACAUUCCGACCAGACCAACUAGACGCACUGCAGGAUGGAGUGAAUCACAAAGAAAAAAAGGUGCUGCAGAACCAGAAGAUGAAAGACUGAGAGCAAGCUCACCAUUAAAGGAUGAUGAAUCAGAUGGACCCAAGGAAAUCAUAGAACCAGAGAUUCCAGUGAUCCCAGAUCUCGAUGAGGUUAAUGAAGAGGACAUGGCUAACCAGGUUGCGCAGGCUCCUAGCGUCACAGUGAACAGAGUGGCAACAUACAGGGAACUAGACCAUGAUCUGCUUAAGAAUGCUGCCUUUCUUACAUUGGAUAACGAAGUAGAUCUUAAAUUACUCACCAAGUGCUUGCAGCCUGAAUUUGAGGUCGUUGAGGAGGAUAAGCCAUGGGAGUGGGAACGACUCUUCACCGAAGUCUCAUCAGAGCUAAACCUGGAAUGGGACAGGGCACAAAACUACAACAAUGAUGAGGUGGAAUGAUCGUAAGGCAUUCUCUGCUUUGUAACUCUUACGCACCAACGUGAUUCACCUGCAUCUUCAUCUGGCUCUUGAUGCCAUGAUGUCAUGAUCCCCAUUAUAUUUUGACAAGCAUUAUAGUCAUGAACACGAACAGUGAGGAAAGGAUGAUCUCUUCAUAGUUGUUUACCUUUGAACAGAGAUGCCUGCUUAUUAUUCCUGGCAGUACUAUGAAACUAUUUGGGUAGUGGGAUCUCAAUCCAAGUUUCACAAGGUUGUCUGUAACAAGAACUUACAUUUUUUAUCAAAUAUCUUACUGUUUCUCAGAAUGGAGACUAGAUGGGACAGUGUUUUAAGAAUGCGUUAGACAGACAUGUUAUUUUAUAAUUUAUUUAAUUUAAUUCUGAUUGGCAUGUAUUACCUUUAGGAAUGAUCUGGAAUAUUGUAAAGUAUGCUUUAGAAUAAAAGCAAUACAAACAAACAGACAAACAAACGUAGAAGUUGUUUGUAAUAGAUAUGGAUAUAAUAUCAUGAGUUUGUCACUUGUCAUUUCAUGUGUACACUGACAAACUUUCUAAUAGUAGGUGAGUACUCUAGUAAGAGUUAAUUAUAUGAGUCUAUACUAGGAAAUUACUACUAUUAUCUAAUCCUGAUUAUAUGCAUGUUAAUACUCGCAAACGAGAGUGGGAGACACUUGAGGUGUGGUUACAGGCUUCAUGCAUAUGCAGCAAUAUAUGUCACAAUCAAUAGUGGCUGUAGAUAUACUAUAUCAAGAGAACGUAACCUGUUCUCACGGAGCUCACGGUGCAAGUGUAUAUGUUCUUCAUUAUAUUAAACACAUACUCACUAAAUGUGUUGCGUUUAGUGUGAAAAUAGUAAAAAGCAUUCCGUCCACAUUGAUACGUGUUAUAUAAAUCGCACAUGAAUAAGAAUGUUUGGUGUCUGUAAAUACUGUGUAAUUACUGUAUAAAUACUAUGUAAAAUAAACAUUCAAGACGAAAAAUUGUCA